CAUCACUGGUUGGCCAUCUCUAUUCGCACGAGGUGCCGAACAAAACGUAAAAUUUCUGAUAGUUUAUUAAAUAAAACAGACGAAAAUGACGGAAGCUGAAGAAAUUAAUGGUAGAGAAGAGGUGGAGGAGGAUGAGCAGGAUCAAAAACAAAAGAAAUCCGAUGUGAAACGGCAUGACGACGGCGCCGCAGAUUUGGAACGUGUUACGGAUUAUGCCGAGGAAAAAGAGAUCUCCGCGGCCAAUAUAUCCAGCGCCGUGGAACAGUUUGGCAACCAGCGAAACAAGGAGAACGAGCUGCGAGUAGCCAAGGAAAAGGAGCUCCAAAAGGUCCAAGUCAAAAAGGAGGACAUUGAACUGAUUAUGAACGAGCUGCUAGUUAGCAAGGCGCAGGCCGAGAAAGUGCUCCGCGAGCAGAGCGGCGACGUGGUGGCCGCCUUGGAAGCCAUCAUCAGCAACUGAGGUGCUUGGAGGACCUGGAGGACUAACCGCCGUCUGUUUCUUUUAUGUAGCGUAACACUGCUUUAUUUGUACAUUUAUAAACUCUAGCGAAGAAAAACAAACAAACUUUUAAGCCCACAA